GGGUCAUAUGACCGAAGGGGAAGUUCACUCUGAUUGCACAAGAGUACAGAGGACACUACACAAGCCUGUCUCGCAGGUGCAUCAAAGUACGGGGAAAUAUAGCCUUACUUUUUCUACUUGGGACUAUAUGUAGGCUAUUGCUCGUGGUCACUCGCUAGUUAUUAUCGCAGACUCAAAUCUCUGCGUAGUUCUGUAAACAGGAGCGUGGUGUGACGCGAUGAAGGUGAGCGCUGUGUUGCUGUGUAUGUUGCUUCUCUGGGCGGAGGGCUCCCGGGCUGAUACCCCGGCCAACUGCACCUAUGAAGAUCUGUUGGGCUCCUGGGUGUUCCAGGUAUCGACGGGAGGGAAAGACAAAGGCAUCAACUGCUCUCUGAUGGACACCGUUGAUAAGUCGAUAACUGUGCACCUGGAGAAGCUGUCUGUGGCGGUGGAUGAUCUGGGAAACACGGGCUUCUUCACCCUCAUCUACAAUCAGGGCUUCGAGGUGGUCCUCAACGACUACAAGUGGUUUGGCUUCUUCAAGUACUCUAAGCAGGGCUCUGAGGUGACCAGCUUCUGUGACCAGACUCUGCCAGGCUGGGUCCACGAUGCUCUGGGGAACAACUGGGCGUGCUUCACUGCCAAGAGGGUCAUCCCAGUACCCCCUCGCUCCGUACACACACACCGCUACUCCCACAAUGACCUCCUGCUGCUCCAUAGGUCCUACAAACACAACAUGGACUUCAUUGAGUCCAUCAACGCGGCCCAGAGCUCCUGGAGAGCCACGGCCUACAGGGAACAUGAGACGUACACUCUGCAGCAGCUAAUGCACAGGGCCGGUGGACCAGCCUCUCACAUCCCCAGACGUGUUCGCCCCGCCCCUGUGACAGCAACGCUAGUCAAGAUGGCGGCCGGCCUCCCUGAGCGCUGGGACUGGAGAGACGUCAACGGCGUCAACUACCUCAGUCCUGUCCGCAACCAGGCUUCGUGUGGUAGCUGCUAUUCCUUUGCCUCAAUGGGAAUGUUGGAAGCUCGCAUCCGGAUCCAAACCAACAACACAGAGACUCCCAUCUUCAGUCCACAGCAGGUCGUCUCCUGCUCUCAGUACUCCCAAGGUUGUGAUGGUGGUUUCCCCUACCUCAUUGGGAAGUACAUCCAGGACUUUGGGAUUGUGGAAGAGUCGUGUUAUCCGUAUGUUGGGACGGAUUCCCCGUGUGACCUUCCCGAUGGCUGUCUCCGCCACUACGCCUCAGACUACAGCUACGUGGGAGGGUUCUACGGAGGAUGCAGCGAGUCUGCCAUGAUGCUGGAACUGGUCAAGAACGGACCCAUGGGGGUGGCCUUCGAGGUGUACCCUGACUUCAUGCACUAUAAGGAGGGCAUCUACCACCACACGGGUCUCCAUGACCCCUACAACCCGUUUGAGCUGACCAACCACGCGGUGCUGCUGGUGGGCUACGGACAAUGUCACAUGACUGGUCAGAAGUUCUGGGUGGUGAAGAACAGCUGGGGGGAGGAGUGGGGCGAGGGGGGCUUCUUCAGGAUCAGACGGGGGUCCGACGAGUGUGCUAUUGAGAGCAUCGCCGUGGCAGCCAAGCCCAUCCCCAAACUGUAGAGGGUCAACUGGGGUCAUAGGCAAGGGUCAACCUUUAGGAGUUUUCCCAAUUGGACCCUAGCCUGAUACUCUGGCCUGAAGUCUACAAUGGUUUAUACAUGUAAUUAUUUUGUAGCUGAAAAGUUUGAAAUGGCUGGAACAUUGUUGAUGACAGAAAUAAUAGAUAACUGUGCAAACGUUUUCACCUUGCUCGCUAGACUGUCUGAUCCUUGCCAUGCCAGUCAGUGAUGCAUUUUUGGGAAUGAUGCCUAAAGGGAACCUGCUUUAAUCCCCAAUGUAACUGGGAUUUGUAGUUUUUAAUCAGUGUUUUGUAGUUAGUCUGGUGAUUGAUAGGAGGGCAGAGGACCUCUGCUCUCUAGCUGUAAUCUCAUGGAAGCACGGGGGAGACUGUCUUCAAUGUCCUGUGAUCUCAUAUCCUCUGUCGCUAGUCCUCUCAGCUCUGUACUGUCCUCUCAUAUCUGCCUCAAGCUGUAAAUCUACUGGGAAUGUUCAAAAGGGACUGCUGUCUCAUUUGUGUAGGAAGGGAUAGUAUGAUUUAAUGUUGGUGCCCCCCCGCCCACACCCCACCCCCCCCUCCAGAAGUGGUUGCCUUUCAUUAGAAAUGUCCUAUAGGUUUCCAAUAAGAUCACAUCAUGCACAGAUUUGCACUGGUUUUGUGUGCUUUUUACAAUUUGAAAGAAAAUAAAUAAAGUUGCUUUUUAGAAAUA